GUCGCUAUCUCGUCAAGUGUACACAGACAUUCCCAUCCAAUAUGGAAACACAAGCAGACUCACCCUCGCUCAAACGCGCCAAAAAAGCUUGCACUGAGUGUCGCCAACAGAAGGCAAAAUGCGACGCCUAUAUGAGCCCUGAUUUUCAAUGCUCUCGCUGCACGAGGAUGAAAAUCCGCUGCGUCAUCUCGGACCCAUUUCGCAGAGAACACAAACGCCAACGUCUCUCGAAACUGGAACAAGAAACCGACGAGUUGCGCCGCAAGCUGAGGUCCUCACACUCUGAGUCGCUGCCGCAGUCUCCUAUUGCAUUGUUGACAGCGGCGGCGGAAAUGGGGGUACACUCUGCUUCUACCGGAACCGACCUGCCUCUCACUACUCAACCGCACGCAUCUCCAAUCGCCCUUUAUCCACAGAUCCUGCCUCAAACAAGUCUGGCCUCGGCCGAUCCACGAACGGACGUGGUUUCACAACACGCUCCAAGCCCGACAGCCCCGCGCACUCUCAAGAACGUUCGACUGACGGGAUCUGAGAUUGAUGAGUUGUUCAAAAUAUUCUUCCGAGACUACGCCCACUUUCUGCCAAUCCUAGACCCUCAAACCACACCAAAUGCUUAUCAUGACCAGUCGAGUUUUCUCUUUUGGGCCAUAGUAGGCGUCGCGUCCAGAACAUACAAUGAAAACCCCACGCUGCUCAUGGCUCUCUCACCAAAUAUCAUCGAAAUGGCCUUGCUCUCAAUCACAUUCACGGCGUCUGCUUGGCACACCAUUCAAGGACUGUUGUUAGUCCUUACCUGGCCGUUUCCGAAAGAGACCAAAAAGACCGAUGCGAUGUUCCCCCUGAGUGGUAUGCUCCUGCACAUUGCGAUGCAGAAUGGUCUGCACAUCCCCUUGUCUAGUCAUGAGUUUGCCAGGAGGAAGAUGGCUGCACCGUUGGAAGCGGACAUGGACAGACGCUCCGAGCUCUGGGCCCGCUGUGUCAUCGUAUAUCAGCGCGCCUGUAUCACGAAGGGACAAUGCCCCCGUUCAAUGGUAGACUUGCAGCAAGAUUUGGGCCAACAACAAGUUUUGUUCGAAAAGAUCACGCCGUCCCUAGCACUGGAGAUGAGAUGCCUGGACCUGGUCGCUCGAUGUAGCGCAGCCGUAACAGAGUUUGGAGUUCGAACCAUGCCAGCGGAACAGGAGAGAUCACUUGAUAUCCUAUUGCGGACCUUCGAGAGCCAGGUAACCGAUUUAGAAGCCCAUGCGAGUUCAGUGAACGAUCUAUUCAUUACUACAAUGUGCCGUCUGUGCAUCCAAAUGUUCCAUCUAUUCAAGAAUGAGACGAUAUAUGCACCAGACUGUCUUGCGCAGAUUGUCACCACGUCCUGCAAAGCGAUUGACAACAUCCAGGACCUAGUACAAAGCGUGAAGAAUCUUGCUAGUGCUCCCAUGCAGGUAACCUAUGGGCUACUUCUACCGGCGGCCGCUCUUCUGCGGAUCCUGAAAUGCCCCACCCGUGCGGAGAUUGACUUUCCAAGAGGGAAAAAGGCAAUAUUCAGUGCAAUAAAUAUGGCCAGACGCAUGUCGGUGGACGUUCACGACAUUGCUUCCAAAAUCGCCAUAGUGAUGACUCAACUAUGGAAUAGCACCAAGGCCUUUCGCAGAACAGAUGGGACAGAAUCCAUCGGCCUUCGAAUUCGCAGCCGACUAGUUCUCAGCCCAAUUAUUGAUGCAAUCUGGUGGUGGCGCGAUGAGUUUGAGCCACAGUUCUAUUCUCACCCAGCUCAUGGAAUUGUGGCUGAAGGAGCCGACCCUCAGAGAGACCAGAUGAGCGGAGCGUCCAACGCCCCCUGUGGCGUUGUGGACCGACAGGAUCCCGUGCUGUUCGACGAAGAAUUCCUUGCAGAUUUUGAAUGGGCACUAAGUAACGACGGCCUGCUGCAACCUGCCGAACCGUUUGGGUCGACAUGGCCUGCUGCAGGGACAACAGCCUAG